UGCGGCGGAAUCUCUGCGUCUGCGCGCCCGCGUAGGCCUGUGGUUGGGAAGCCCCAGGUUCUAGGCUCGCCCCCGCGCCCCGGCCUCCGCCUCCUCCAGGUCCCUUCCCACCUCCGCCCACUUGACGCGAUGACGCACGGCAGGUUUGCGGACGUGGCGGCGGCGCACUGCACGAAAGGCCGAGACGUUGGCGGCGGCGGUGACGGUCUACAGGGGCAGCCAAAAACGGAGGCUCGGCCAUGAACUGGCCCGGGACGGCCUCCCCAGCGGCGGCGGCGGACUUGGUAGCCGUCUCCUCGUUGAGUCCCGCCUGCUAACGGGACAGAUUUUGACAUUAUGGCAGGGAGGCAUCAGAAUCGUAGUUUUCCUCUUCCAGGAGUUCAUUCAAGUGGUCAAGUACAUGCAUUUGGAAAUUGUACAGACAAUGAUAUGUUGGAGGAGGAUGCUGAAGUGUAUGAGCUUCGAUCCAGAGGAAAAGAAAAAAUCCGAAGAAGUACAUCAAAAGAUAGACUUGAUGACAUUAUAGUAUUAACAAAAGAUAUACAGGAAGGAGACACUUUAAAUGCAAUAGCCCUUCAAUACUGUUGUACGGUAGCAGAUAUCAAGAGGGUUAACAAUCUCAUCAGUGAUCAAGACUUUUUUGCCCUUAGGUCUAUCAAAAUUCCAGUAAAAAAGUUUAGUUCAUUGACUGAAACACUUUAUCCUCCAAAAGGAAGACAGACUUCACGUCCUUCAUCUGUCCAGUACCUUUCAGAACAACAGGAAGUUUUGUCAGCUAAUGAUUUUCUUUCUUCCAGUGAGUCAGCUGGUAGCUUUUUAAAAGAAGUAGACCGAGACAUAGAACAAAUAGUAAAAUGUACAGACACCAAAAGAGAGAACCUUAAUGAGGUGGUGUCUGCCUUGACAGCACAACAAGUACGUUUUGAACCUGAUAACAAAAACAUUCAACGUAAGGAUCCUUAUUAUGGAGCAGACUGGGGAAUAGGGUGGUGGACAGCUGUAGUGAUAAUGUUGAUAGUAGGCAUAAUAACGCCAGUAUUUUAUUUGCUGUAUUAUGAAAUUUUAGCUAAAGUGGAUGUUAGUCACCAUUCAACAGUGGAUUCUUCACAUUUGCAUUCAGGAGUCACACCCCCAUCACAGCAGAGAGAAAUGGAAAAUGAAAUUGCUCCAACUAAAGGAAUACCCUUUGUCCCACAAGAUGACCAUAAGCUUUAUAGUCAAUAUUCUCAGUUACCUGCUGCUCGACACAAAACAUAGCAGUUAGUUCAGUUACAGUGUUAGCGAUCACAUGUGUAUCUGGAAUUUGGUGGGUGAAUCAGUUAUAUUAAAUAACCACUUCAAAGGCAGAAUUUAGGGAGAUUGAAGAUGCUUUGUUUUUCACCUUUUUUUUUUGUUUGUUUUUUGGAGCCAUUUACAAAUGGAUUGAGUAUAAAAUCCCUACAGUUGCUAGUUGUUGAUUCUGAAAGCAGUACAUCUGUAUAUCUCUUUUAUCAAUGCUUAAAGCAGAAAUGAAUUUAAAUAUGUGUCUCGGAAGUUCCUGGAAAAUGCAUUUUUUUCUUAUUCAAGACUGGUUAUGUUCAAAUUUUAUUUUUUAAGCAAUUGUUUUUGGUUUGAGAUUAUUAAUAGUAAAUUCAUUAUGCAGAAUAAUGAUAGCAUCAGAUGUCUGCAACUGAAGAAAAUUUAUUACUAACCAUCAAAAUAUUUAGUUGCAGAAAAGUUUGAUUCUAAAAUUAUUUGAUAGGACUUAAAAUUUCAUUUUGAAACUUAAGAAAAACCCCACAUUUAGUACAUACGCUAUGAAAACAUAAGUAGAACAGAAAGGGGAAAGAAAUGUAUAAUGUCUGUAAUAGAAGCUGAGAUAUAUUAUUAUUUUUAAGCCCCCAAAUUAAUGUGUUAACUGUUGGGAAGUUGCCAUUUGGUCACUAGAACACUGGAUUAUGUCAGGACCUAAAAGUUAUCUUUGUCUCUGAAAGAAUGCUGCCUCUGCUUCUGUGUUUUAAGUGAUUAUAUUUGCCUCUGAUGUUUGAAAGCACUUUUGUUGUUCUUUGAUGAAAAGUGUUAUACAUGUACAGAUUAGUAUUAAUUAGGAAAUAUUUCCUUACAUACUGUGAUAAGUUGUUGCUGUGUUACAUGUAAUAACAUGCCUUAAUUACAUUUAAUGCCUUAUAAUACUUUAUGUAAACUAGUAUAAUUUUUAGAAUUAAAAUUAAGCAUUAUUUCAGAUGGUCCGAUAGGAUUCAUAACAUAGGCUGUAUAAAUUUGUCUCCACCUUCACUGUCAGGCACAAGUUAAUGGGAUAGUAACAUUUUUGUUGUCUGUCUCUGAGGUCUGUUGCAGAAAAGCAAGGGCAAAGAGACCUUUUGCAUUAGCAAAAACAGACAAAUUGUUUUGUAUAUUGAUCCCUUAACCUCUGUUUUUCAAAGAGAAAAUGUUCAGCUUAGGUCUUUUUUCCCUGAACUAGAGCAUCAAAUUGGAGAAGAGAGGCCAAAGGUGUAUAUGGAUUGGUCAAAAGAGUGCCACUUUUAAGAGCUGUGUGGAUCAGAGUCUGGCUAAAUAAGCAUUUGCAUACUGAUUCCAUCAUUUAGUUUUUAAAAGUAUGUGUUUUUAAAAUGCUAUCAAAAUGAUUCAUUUGGUGGAGUCUGGCUUGCCUGUUUGUGUAUAAUAAAGUAUGUACCUUAAGAUAUAUUAUACCACCUAAUUUUCUGGGCAUUAUUUCCUAACUUUGAAUGUUUCAGCUUUUUGACCAGUCAUUUUAUAUUUCAAACUUCAGUCUUGAUACAAAGUGGGGUGAAUAAAUAUAUACGCUUAAUGAGGUUUAAUGUCGUUUUAGGAGCAGUGUAUCAUAGAAAGACAGGACAAAGAUGUCAAACAUUAAAGCCCUUGCAUAUAUUAGAGGGCCUUAGACAAUUACCAAAAAGUGUUAAUAUGGAGGUUUGUAGCAAACUGAUUUUUUGAGUUAACUCUAUUAGUUUAAGAUUUAAAAAAUUGUUUUAAUGUGCUUUGGGCAUCUUGAGAAAAGUAUGAUCUUUCUAAUUUAUGCUCAGUGUUAACUUGGUCAGUUUACAUUGUAUUUAUUAAGCCUGCUGAAAAUCAAGUUUCAAGAAAGAAAAUACAGAUUAUUUUAGGGUAGAAUGGGCUAGAUGUCCUUUGAAGAACUUUGUUUACAUCAAAUUGAUGAAAUUACGGAGUCAGGGAUUCCUUUUUGCUAGCAGUACUUUGAAAUUGUGAUAGAGAAGUCUGAUUUAUAAAAUAAGUAACUUUUUAAAAAGUAAUGAGGUAUACCAUGUACUUGAUUAGAAACCUUUUCUGUCUUGCAGAGUGUCCUAUUCCUUGAAGGCAGUAUAACAUAUCCUUAUGACACAGGCAGUUUCCUUUGUCCAUAUAUUUGAAUUACAUUGGGCUGGCCAAAAAGUUUGUUCGGAUUUUUCCAUAACAUUUUACAGAAAAAACAGAGGGAACUUUUUGGCCAACCCAAUAUAUUUUUUUACUUAAUUGAAUAUAAUUUGAAUUAUAUAUAAUUCUAUAUAUAUGUAUAACAUAUAUAGAAUUCUGUUAUAUAUAUAGAAUUCUAGAUUCUAAUCCUUAAAUGUCAUUUGUAAAAGAAAAAUUUCUUAAGCAUUUAAUAGAUUUAGAAUAAUUUUAGCUUUUAAAAAGUACUAAUACAUCAAAAUUUGUAACAAAUGCAGAUUACUUUGUAAAACUUAAUAAAACGAAAAGUUAUUUGAUUUUGUGGCUUUUGUGUUGAAACGCUUAUUUGAAUUUACUUUGAGGCUUUACAUUAGAAGAUAUAUACACAAACACACACAUACAUGCAGAUGUAAAAGUAACGGAACUGUGAAUCACUGCAUUUGGUUCACUUAAAAAGUUGGAGUUGCAAGUGAAGAAAAACCUAUUUUUAAAAAGGGCAGAUUCUUAAAGUCUGGGUACAAAUGGUUAAGAUUGUUUCAAACUAAUGGAUGCCAUUUAAAUAUUUUUUGCCAUCGUAUUUCUAGAAAAUUAUAGGAUUCAUGUCCCCAAAAGAUAUAUUAAGAUCAGUUAUAGAGAGUCUGGUGGCCACGUUAAGAAUUAGAAGACAGUAAUGUUAAAUUAAUUUCUCCAAAGACUUUUGUUUUUUAAAGCUUAUCUUUUUCUGGACUCUACUUACUUGUUCAGUGGCCUGAAGAGUUCUUUAAAUGAACCAUUAUUUAGUCAUUAGUUCUUUUUAAAGUACUACAAAAAUUACCUACUUGGGAAUAUGAAGGAUACAGUUAGAGUUUUAGAAAUAUCGUGAAACAAAGAUCCAGUCAAAGUGUUACAGAGUAAAGGUGUAGUUUUUAGGAGUCUGUAUUUAAAUGGUACAUUAUGAUGGGAAUCAUUCUUAUUUUGAAUUACAAAGUUGCUCAGGAAAUCAGUAUUUUCUUCCAAGUAUGUGCAUAUUGCACUGUUAGAUCAUAGAAAUCUGAUGCUUUAUUUAAUUCUUUUUAUGUAUGCAAAUUAUAUAAGUCUUUUGUAUAAUGUAUUUUAUACAGAAGCAGCAUGGAAUUGUAGAAUGUUAUGUUAGCAUGUACAUCUGUAAAACUGGUUUUUAAAACUUCUUACCCCUCAUUUUUCAUAUUUUAAAAG